GUCACCAUUCCAGAAAACAUGGCGGCCACCAGUAAAAGUACCGUGUUAUUGAAAGCUGUGAAGAAAAUAACCAUCCAGUUCUGUCCGUUCGAGUCCAAUGUCCGCUCAACAAGAGAGUUUCUGGCUCUGGUGGGUUCAGAGAAGGUCCGCUCCACCAACACGAACUGUGAGGUGAUUUCUGUGGUGAAACAUGACAAGUCGGAACCAGUAAUCGACGUAACAUAUGUGGACGGAGAGAGGCUGGUGAUGAAGGGGGAAUGGUUGACUUGCCGUGAGAUGCUGAGCGCGUUUCAGUCCCGCUGCAAAGACAAGGACCCGCAGAUCAAAGCCGGAGCCAAGAAAUGACCACCUGUUUGAAUUUGCUUGUAUUUAUAUGUGUGUGUAAUCUUGGAAAUGUACAAUAAAACAAUAUGUUUAGCUAAA